GGGUGCAGAGGAGAUUUACCAGGAUGCUGCCUGGAUCAGAGAGGGUGCAGAGGAGAUUUACCAGGAUGCUGACUGGAUUAGAGAGGGUGCAGAGGAGAUUUACUAGGCUGCUGACUGGAUUAGAGUGGGUGCAGAGGAGAUUUACCAGGAUGCUGACUGGAUUAGAGAGGGUGCAGAGGAGAUUUACUAGGCUGCUGACUGGAUUAGAGUGGGUGCAGAGGAGAUUUACCUGGAUGCUGACUGGAUUAGAGAGGGUGCAGAGGAGAUUUACCAUGAUGCUGACUGGAUUAGAGAGGGAGCAGAGGAGAUUUACCAGGAUGCUGACUGGAUUAGAGAGGGUGCAGAGGAGAUUUACCAGGAUACUGCCUGGAUCAGAGAGGGUGCAGGGGAGAUUUACCAGGAUGCUGCCUGGAUCAGAGAGGGUGCAGAAGAGAUUCACCAGGCUGCUGACUGGAUUAGAGAGGGUGCAGAGGAGAUUUACUAGGCUGCUGACUGGAUUAGAGAGGGUGCAGAGGAGAUUUACCAGGAUGCUGCCUGGAUCAGAGAGGGUGCAGAGGAGAUUUACCAGGAUGCUGCCUGGAUCAGAAAGGAUGCAGAAGAGAUUCACCAUUCUGCUGACUGGAUUAGAGAGGGUGCAGAGGAGAUUUACUAGGCUGCUGACUGGAUUAGAGUGGGUGCAGAGGAGAUUUACCAGGAUGCUGACUGGAUUAGAGAGGGUGCAGAGGAGAUUUACUAGGCUGCUGACUGGAUUAGAGUGGGUGCAGAGGAGAUUUACCUGGAUGCUGACUGGAUUAGAGAGGGUGCAGAGGAGAUUUACCAUGAUGCUGACUGGAUUAGAGAGGGAGCAGAGGAGAUUUACCAGGAUGCUGACUGGAUUAGAGAGGGUGCAGAGGAGAUUUACCAGGAUACUGCCUGGAUCAGAGAGGGUGCAGGGGAGAUUUACCAGGAUGCUGCCUGGAUCAGAGAGGGUGCAGAAGAGAUUCACCAGGCUGCUGACUGGAUUAGAGAGGGUGCAGAGGAGAUUUACUAGGCUGCUGACUGGAUUAGAGAGGGUGUAGAGGAGAUUUACCAGGAUGCUGACUGGAUUAGAGAGGGUGCAGAGGAGAUUUACUAGGCUGCUGACUGGAUUAGAGAGGGUGCAGAGGAGAUUUACCAGGAUGCUGACUGGAUUAGAGAGGGUGCAGAGGAGAUUCACCAGGAUGCUGCCUGGAUCAGAGAGGGUGCAGAGAUUCACCAGGAUGCUGCCUGGAUUAGAGAGGGUGCAGAGGAGAUUCACCAGGAUGCUGCCUGGAUUAGAGA